ACUCGCUUGGAUCAUUGAGGAGACGAGAUAUUGGCGCCCAAAGACAAACGCAAUCGAGGACUAGGAAACGUUGGGUCGGACAACACGCGGAGUGAUAUUGGUUCUGAGGAGAGAAAUGAUUGCGCUGUAUUCGCUUUGAUAAACUUAAAUUAUUUUGUUAAACAACUGUACGUUUGAAAGAUUAAUUUGGAAUAUUAUAAAAAUUAUAUUAAUUAUAAUACCAUAAAACAAUAAGAUAAACAGUUAAACUCAAGUAAACAAAUCGGUUGCUCAUAAGUAUACAAUUUUUUAACAAAAUAUUUUUUAUAAAUUUGUAUCGGACUUGUGGCUGUGGUAGUGACGUGACUAGCUAUGCAGUACCUUCUAAGUGUCCUCCUCGUUUUGGUAUCGAGCACGUACGUACGUGCGUGGUACAACCGCUUUGACAACGCCGUGUACGGGGGAGGUUGGGCCCCAAACCGCCGCAGCCAUUCUAAUUGCCUGGCUUUGAACGAGAGAUGCGUUAAAUCAUACCAAUGUUGCUUGGAUGACAAGGGCGUACAGAUGAAAUGCAUGAUCGCGAACACAUUAGGCCUCGGGGAAUUUGGGUUCGGUGAAUGCAAGCCCACGGAACACAAGCUUCAGUUUUACGAACAUCUUGACAAAUUCAGCUUACUGAAAGCUGGCGCCCCUUGCAAGGACAGUUCUGAAUGCUAUGAUGAGUGUUGUCGUCUGAUACGGAUGGGCAGACUAGGCUACAAGCAGAAGUGCGGCAAACCGGCUGGGGACGCUUGCAUUGGGGGCAGCAUCAGCAGCAAUGACGUCAUGAGCGGGCUGGAUGAUUUAUCAAAAUGACGUUAAAUAUAAUAAACGGAGUGGUAAACUCUGAUGCCCUCAUUAGCGCAAGAAAUGAUCAUUCACGUAAAUUGACGUCAUGAGUGGACAUUAAUUUUAGGCUUGAACAAUUAAUGUGUUUUGUUCAUAUUAAAACAGCGCAUUUUCAAAUUAGCUUUAAUUAACUUGUAUUUGAAUAACUCGUUUUGUGCACUUUUUCCCAAAAAGUUACACAUUUGUG